AUGUCUGAUUCAAGCAGUUUUGACGAAGUCAAAAAAGAGCGCACCAUUGUCUUUCACGAGACACCUCGGCGUCCUUCAAAUGGGGUGGGUUUUAGCAGAACGGACACAAUUGUGUCCAGGCUUUCGAGGUCGUCACAUCUCUCCGAGCUUUCCGGUGUCUCUGGCCGUGUUAUGGACCCCAGUGUUGCCAUGCCUGUAACAUACCAGUCGGUAAGUUACACUGUAGAAGCCAGCCAAGAGAAAGGCAAACCUGCAACCGUCCCAACUGCCAACGACAAAACUGUGGAAGCUGUUGCUGCCUUAGAGUGGCACACUUUGUCUGUAUCUCAAGUUUUUGACAAACUUGAAAGCUCUGAGCUUGGUCUCUCUCAAAAACAGAUCAAGGAAAAGCAGUCUCAAUUCGGCCGCAACGUAUUAUCAAAGGCACCGCGACAUACGUUGCGCAAAAUAUUUUGGUACUUUUUUGGUGGUUUCGGUACGAUCUUGUUUACCGGAGGCAUUCUGGUCAUGAUCUCGUGGAGACCUCUGGGGGAUCCUCCUGCCCAGUCGAAUCUUGCACUUUCAAUUGUCUUGUUCUGCGUUUUCCUUAUCCAGGCCGCCUUUAAUGCAUGGCAAGAUUAUUCUUCGUCUCGUGUUAUGAGUUCGAUCACCGGUAUGUUACCCGAAGCUUGUAUCACUGUACGCGACGGCACUCAACAGCAAACUGAGGCAGCUGAUAUCGUACCUGGUGAUAUCAUUUUCUUUAAGGCAGGCAACAAGCUUCCCGCUGAUGUUCGUUUUAUUGAAGUUUCAUCGGACGCCAAGUUUGAUCGUAGUAUCCUCACGGGUGAAUCGCUCCCGCUGGGCGCGACGGUUGGUAUGACAGACGAGAACUACAUGGAGACUCGAAAUAUCGGUAUGCAAGGAACAUACUGUACGUCAGGCUCGGGAAAAGCAGUUGUUGUUAGUACAAGUGAUGAUACAGUGUUUGGUCGCAUCGCCAAGUUGACCAGUACACCCAAUAAACGACCUUCUCCAAUUCAAACUCAAAUUCGGAAUUUCGUGAUGAUUAUUUUGUGUCUUAUGCUCACUAUGAUUGCUAUCGUUCUGAUUGUUUGGGGUGCAUACCUCAGAUCACAUCACCCGGAGUGGAUUCCAACGGCUGCACUUAUUGUUGACAUCGUUUCGGUUGGAAUUGCAUUCGUUCCUGAAGGUCUCCCUGUUGCUAUGACAUCAAGUUUGACCAUUUGUGCGAACGCAAUGAAGAAAAAUAAUAUUUUGUGCAAGUCUUUAUCCACUGUUGAGACUCUUGGUUGUGUUUCGGUUCUUCUCUCAGAUAAAACCGGUACACUGACGAAAAACCAAAUGAAAGCAGUCAACUGUACUGUUGGAACCAAAAGUAUAAAUCUUGAGGAGGCUAUCGAUGGAGCCAAAGACCGCGAGAAUCCUUACAACAAUGCCUUGCACCAACUGGAGACUGCUACUGCUAUUUGCAAUGCCGCGGAGUUUGAUGCCACCACAUCGGAUCUCGAUAUUGAGGACCGAACCAUUCUUGGGGAUGCCACAGAUCAAGCAUGCUUAAGAUUUUCAGAACAGCUUGGAUCCGUGAGUUACUCUCGCGAGCUGUGGGACAAGCGGUUUGAUCUUGCUUUCAACUCCAAGAACAAGUACAUGCUCCGUUUAUUCUCAAGUACUUCAAGAGAAGCUUUUGAAAAUACGGUUUCACCUGAAGAGGCUUCAACUUGUGGCGAGAAGUCCUGGUUGCUGGUUAUCAAAGGCGCUCCCGACAUUUUGCUUGAUCGCUGCUCAAGUUAUGUCACCGAACAAGGAGCUGUUGCCCCUCUGUCUGAAGAUUCCAAGCACCAGCUUGAGGAAGUAAAGAACAAGUGGUCAAGUGACGGUAAGCGAGUUAUUGCCGUUGCUCGCAAAAUUCUCAGGCCUACUGACUUUGGAGAUCCCCGCAAUUCCGAAUUUGAAGACGAAGCUAAAGAGCUAGCAUCUCAUGGCUUGUGUUUUGUCGGAUUUGUUGGCAUUCUUGACCCGCCCCGUGUGGAGAUCCCAGGUGUCGUAGAAACACUACGUGGAGCAGGUAUCCGCGUUAUGAUGGUGACUGGUGACUUCAAACUCACAGCACAGGCAAUCGCUCGCCAAUGCAAUAUCAUCACUGCAGAUUUUGUUGAUAACGCAGAAGAUCUCUUGGUUAACACAGAGCGUGAAAGAAAAGCAUUAGUUCUGUCAGGUGCGGAACUCAAUGAUCUUGACGAGGGCCAGUGGGCAGUAGUAUGCCAGUACGAAGAAAUUGUAUUUGCACGAACCACACCCGAGCAAAAGCUGGAGAUUGUCAAACAAUUCCAAGCCGCUGAGAAUAUCGUAGGUAUGACGGGUGAUGGUGUGAAUGACUCUCCUUCGCUCAAGCAAGCUGAUAUUGGUAUCGCACCCGAAGUCGCUGCUGAUAUGGCUUUGGAAGCAGCUGAUAUGAUUUUAUUGGAUGAUUUCAGUGCCAUUGUCCAGGCUGUUCUGUUUGGUCGAACUGCGUAUGAUAACCUUAAGAAGACAAUUGCUUAUCUUCUGCCAGCAGGUACUUUCUCAGAGUUUUGGCCUGUUAUGACGAACAUUUGCUUUGGACUUCCUCAAGUUCUUUCGAGUUUCCUCAUGAUUAUUAUCUGUUGCUUUACAGAUGCAGGAGUUGGUAUUGUUUUGGCAUACGAAAAACCAGAAGCCGAUCUUCUUCUUCGUCCGCCUCGUUCAAAGAAGGACUAUUUGGUUGACUGGCGUUUGCUUCUGUGGUCGUACGGUUUUAUGGGUGUUUGUGAGACGGUUCUAUCGUUCACUAUGUCUUACUGGUACUGCCAGCGGAGUGGGCUCUAUUUCUCGGAUCUUUGGUUCAAGUUUGGUCAAGUUCCUGCCCACAUGACACCCGAGCGGUAUAACGAAAUUUUGAAGGUUGCCUCAAGCAUUUACUUUUCGAAUUUGGUCAUUAUGCAGUGGUUUGUUUCUAUGGCAGCGCGAACUCGGCGUAUGAGUGUCUUCACACACCCUCCGCUGUUCAACAAGAAUACCCAGAACUGGCGUAUUUUUGUCACCAUUCCCUUUUCUUUUGCUAUCAUUUGGAUCUUCUGCUAUCCGAAGGAUGUUCAACAGCUGUUCUAUUCUGCUGAUAUCCCCGUUGAGCAUUGGUUCCUUCCAAUGGCUUUGGGCCUUGGACUGUUGAGCAUGGAUGAAAUUCGUAAAUGCCUUGUUCGCCGUUAUCCUAAUGGGUUGUUGGCAAAGUGUGCGUGGUAG